AGUAAUUUAAUUCCGUGCAUGGCAACAUUAGUCGUCUAAAUUUGUACAAUGGCGGCUAUGUCCCCGUCGGAGCGACGUUUGCAAAAAGAACUCAUGUCGUUAAUGAAGGAACCUCCACCGGGUGUUACCGUGGACGGAGACCAGGCCAGCCAAAAUCUGACACUAUGGACAGUUCACAUGGAAGGAGUGCCCGGAACGCUGUACGAAGGUGAAAAAUUCGUGCUCCAGUUCAAAUUUACAAAUAAAUACCCCUUCGACUCGCCAGAGGUAACGUUCAUCGGUAACAAUAUACCAGUGCAUCCUCACGUGUACUCUAACGGCCACAUCUGCCUCUCCAUACUGACGGACGACUGGUCGCCGGCGCUCUCCGUGCAAUCAGUCUGCUUAUCUAUAGUAUCCAUGCUUAGUAGCUGUAAAGAAAAGAAACGACCACCGGAUAAUUCGUUUUACGUGAAAACAUGCAACAAAAAUCCUAAGAAAACGAAAUGGUGGUACCACGAUGACUCAGUCUAACAGCGCAUCGCGGCUAUAUCGAGCACGGACGAUAAAUCAAAUAAUGUGAUAAGUGUUAUAUCGAUGCAGUAUGAUAACAUAUGUAUAUACAAGUGAGUGACGACUGACAAUGGUGCGGAUUGAAUCAGCUGUGUUUACUGUGCUAGUGUUCCCGUCUGGUUCUAUUUUAUUAUUUGUAGUCCUAUUUUAUCUGUGCGUGUCAUAGAUUAUAUUUAAUUUUUGUUUUUUUUUUUGCAAUAUAAAGUUAAAGUUUCUCUGUCUAGUGUUUCAUUGUUAGGUUAUAUUUCAGUGUAAUAAAUUUUAUUAAAGAAUGUACGAGAUUAUAUUAUUUUUUCAAGGACAUUUUGGUAGCUUUUAAUGAGUUACUGUUAAGUACAUACUUUUUCAGUUGUGUAACGUUUAUGCUCUAUUUUACUCUUAAAUAUAAUUGAUCAAAUUCUUUUUAUUAUACAGUAUUUGAGUCAAUAUCAAAAACUAAUUAUACCUAAGAAUAGAGAGCUUACAAAAAUGUGAGUAAAAUAAAAAGUAUUAACAUUUUUCAUUCAACGCACUGCGUUCAUAGCACUUCUGUCAUACUCACUGUUCUAAGGUAUCAAGUCAUUGUACCCUUAAGCUGUAUCAAAAUUAUUAUAUAUGUACUUUAAAAGAUAUGAAAAUGUUCGGAGGGAUCGAGAAUUAUUAUGACCAGACUAGAUUGACCAUUAUUAUGUACUAUUGUAUGCUAUAUGUAUGUAUCGAUUUCGCUAUAUAGCGGAGCCAGGCCGUGUAGUUAUAUAGUAGAUUGAUAGGAUAACAAAUUAAUAAAGCAUUAAUAAAUUAUUAGCCUUGAAUAA